GAGAAACUGUCCCCCUCCACCCCCGACGCCGACGGGAACGGGAAUGUGAUUUUUCUGUCGAGAGAUCUUUAUAAAAUACUGGACACCCGCUGUCAUUCCGAGCGGAGGAGACGAGUGAUGAGGUCGCCGAGUUUGGAAAGCGGCUGAUAUUUGCUCCUGACCCCUCGUUACUUGGUGUAACCGUAGCCAUGGCAACCAGUGCCGUUCCCAGUGACAACCUGCCAACGUACAAACUGGUCGUGGUGGGGGAUGGAGGUGUGGGAAAAAGUGCUCUUACUAUCCAGUUUUUCCAGAAGAUCUUCGUGCCCGAUUAUGACCCAACUAUAGAGGACUCGUACCUGAAGCACACAGAGAUAGACGGGCAAUGGGCAAUACUUGAUGUUCUGGACACAGCCGGGCAGGAGGAGUUCAGUGCAAUGAGAGAACAGUACAUGAGGACAGGCGAUGGCUUCCUCAUCGUGUUCUCUGUCACAGACAAAGCCAGCUUCGAACACGUGGACCGGUUUCACCAGCUGAUUCUCAGAGUAAAAGACAGAGAAUCCUUUCCUAUGAUACUGGUUGCAAAUAAAGUUGACUUAGUACACUUACGGAAGGUUACGAGCGAACAGGGCAAAGAAAUGGCAGCUAAAUACAACAUUCCUUACAUAGAAACCAGUGCAAAAGAUCCCCCCCUCAAUGUUGACAAAGCUUUCCAUGACCUUGUUCGGGUAAUCAGGCAGGAGAUCCCGGAGAAGAGUCAGAAGAAGAAAAGGAAAACGAAAUGGCGUGGAGAUCGGACAACGGGCUCUCAGAAACUGCACUGUGCCAUUUUGUGAUGGACUCCUGUCCUGGCUCUGGGAAGUGUGACGUUUUAAGAGGAGGACUAAGGCAAAAGCAAAACAAGACUCUCAGCUCGUUGAUCUCCCUGCAGACUGCAUCCUUACCCUCCUCGAGUCAUUUCUGAGGAAGGAGCACAGCCCACUGAGACGCCAAGACGGAAUGAGGCACUGCUCUCUUCCUGGGUGUAGGGCGCCGGCCUUUGUAAAGUAUUGAAUUUGGUAAAGGAAGGCUCAGAGAGGGAUACAGUGGUUCCACUGUACUUCUGUGAGAAAAACACUAAGAUCCCCACUUUAAAAUUCUUGUGCUUAUGUGGCGGUCCCUGGGCAGCCAUUUUUAAAUGAAGAAAAACCCUUUCUUUAAUUCGAUGGAGAGACUUUUUUUUUACGGACAUCGGAGACUUGGUAUUUUGACAAAAGAGAACGUGGUUGUUCGUGUUUGGACCAAGAACUGUGCCAAAAAACUAAACUGAAAGUGAAGGGAAUAAGAAUUUGGACGUCAAAAUUAAUUCCAGCUGCCAUGAGACUCCAGACGUUGUCAAAUCGUGGAAGGUGGCCAACGUGCAACCCAUACAUUCUAAUAAAAAAAAAAAACAGUUUUCUAACAAGACUUUUGUAUUUUGGCAUGUUGAAGAUGUUCACAUCUCCCCUUUUCAGUUUUGCUUGACUAACGGAGAGGGAUUGUACGAACUACAAUACUUGCUAAAUAGCUCUACUAUUUACAGUGGAUUCUUAAAAAAAGAAAAGUCUUUGCACUGAUGAUAUUCUGAGAUGUGUGGAUAUGCUUCGAAUGUCUCCAUUUAUCUGCAAAGUGGAAAAGAGGAUGAUCGAGUAAAAUUGAAGGCCUGUGUGCUGUAUGUCAUACCCAAGCCUAACCCUUACCUCCAGUAAAGUGCAAUCCCAAGUCUGCCUCUGCCUGUACACUAUGUGUAGUUUACAAUGACUGAUGAGCAAGUACUUGAUAAAGUGUAAUGUGUUUUUUUUUUUAAAAAAACAACAAAUUCUAAAAAAGAAAAUAUUUGUCAAGCACAGGAAAAAAAGUGCGGACAGCGAUAGUGAUUGUUGUGAAACCCUAAAGUGUUAAAUGCGAAAGUUUGUAAAACUGUCUACGCAAGUGCAAGGUAUAGUGUUGUCAAAUGAAGUUGGAUUGUCUCUUUUGUAACAGUAAAUGAAUUUUGGUAACACA